AUGAGACAGCACAAGCAAGUACCAUCCGCGAGACCGAAGAUUCUGUAUCUGCUGUGCGGCGCUGCAUUCUUCUCCUUUCUCCUCUUCUCUAUCCAGUCCUCUUUCUUCACCGGCUCCUUCUAUUCAGAUCGCAACUCUGAAUCGAUUCGCGUUUUGUUUCAGUUUCAGUCCAAAGUUCAGCAAUGUGUGGCAAAUAGGGGGCUUGGACUCACUGCAGAAAUUAUUGACCAUUGCACAUUGGUUCUUAAAUACCCUGAAGGCACCAACAGCACUUGGUACAAUCAGCAGUUUAAAAAAUUUGAGCCUUUGGAGUACACAUAUGAUGUGUGUGAGGCAAUACUCUUGUGGGAACAGUAUCGAAACAUGACCACAGUGUUGACAAGAGAGUAUCUUGACGUUCGGCCCGGUGGUUGGUUAGAUUAUGCUCCACUAAGGAUAGCACAAUUGGGGGCAAAGAACUGCUAUAAUAAGACUCUUUGUGAAGAGCAACUUAAUAUAUUAUUACCUGCAAAACCCCCAUUUCAUCCGAGGCAGUUUCGUACGUGUGCUGUUGUUGGGAAUUCUGGGGAUCUUCUGAAGACAGAAUUUGGGAAAGAAAUUGAUGGUCAUGAUGCUGUUUUUCGAGACAACGAGGCCCCUGUUAAUGAGAAAUAUGCCAAAUACGUUGGUCUUAAGAGGGAUUUCCGUCUAGUUGUAAGAGGUGCUGCUCGCAACAUGGUUCCUAUUCUAAAUGGGUCUGAUAAUGAGGUACUCAUAAUCAAAAGUCUGACACACAGAGAAAUCAAUGCAGUUAUAAAGACUAUACCAAAUCCAGUCUAUCUCUUUCAAGGUAUUGUACUACGUCGAGGUGCCAAAGGAACUGGAAUGAAGUCUAUUGAAUUAGCACUCUCCAUGUGUGAUAUUGUUGAUAUAUAUGGUUUCACCGUUGAUCCUGGAUACACUGAAUGGACAAGAUACUUCUCUGAUCCUAGGAAGGGACACAAUCCACUUCAAGGCAGAGCAUACUACCAACUUCUAGAAUGUCUUGGGGUAAUCAGGAUUCAUUCCCCCAUGAGAUCCAAGAGGAGGCAAGACUGGUCAGAUGUGCCAGGCAGAGAAAUGAUAAGCCAAGCACACACAGCAGCUUGGCGCUUGAGAAAGAGUUCAGCUGGUAAGGCUGGGAGUUUAGGACAGUUUGGCAAUUGUAAAGUGUGGGGCAAUGUAGACCCAGACAAAAGUGGACCUAUCUCAGGCUCACCAGACAUGAGUGAUGUCAGGAAGAAUUCAAAUUAUAAAAAAUGGGAAGUCAUGGCUUUGAAAAGUUUGAGGAAAGAAGCACAGGUUCACUAUAAUCAGAUGGAAGGGGUCUCCCAGUAUAAAAUGGAUGGCAAUAAGUUGGAUGAUCUAGUGUGUGUGAGACACUCCUUAAAAUCUGACGUGUAA